AUUUCUUAUAUAAAUAAAUGUUAUAAUGAAUAUUUUAUUACAAAAAUAUCAGAAUAAUGUAUUGACGAAACCAACUAGAACAUUUUCUAUACAAUCAUCCAUCAUGAUGACAGUUGGUGAUGUCAUUAGUCAACAAUUAAUAGAAAAAAAAGGAAUCAAUCAUCAUGAUAUACCUCGCACAUUGAGGAUGACUGUAUAUGGGGCUGUUAUUGGAGGACCAGUGAUUGGGACCUGGUUUGGAUUUAUGAAUAGAAUAGUAAAGUUAGAUAAUAAAUGGGCAGCAACUAUAGUUCGAGUAGGAAUAGAUCAACUUUUUUUUGCACCUACUAUUUUAGCUGUAUUUAUGGGUAGCAUAUCCAUAUUAGAAGGUCGAACAAGACAAGAAAUUAAAGAAAAAUUUGAAAAAAGCUAUUUGACAGGUUUAAUAAAUUCAUAUCGAUAUUGGCCCUUUGUAAAUAUGUUCACCUUUGCUUUUUUUCCUGUUUACUAUCGGCCUAUAGUAAAUAAUGGAUUUGGAUUAAUAUGGAAUUCUUAUCUUUCCUAUCUAAAUCAGACCUCCUUAUCACUAUCAGAUUCUGAUAUUGUUAAAAGAAACAGUGAAUAAUAAAAAGGCUUUAUCUAAAG